AUGAGGAAGAAAGUCAUUCAUCAAAAACCUCUUCAUGAAAAGUUUCUCAAGCUUCCAGCAAAAUCGAAACCCACCACUCAUUCACAAGACCAGACCUUCACUCCUUCUCCCUCUCCUCCUACCUCUCCUCCAUGCACUGACCCUAUGGCGCGGACCAAGACCACACCUAGAUACCCUUCAUCUGCCAAAUUGAUGCCACCACCAAAGGAUCCUCCUUCCAAGCCUAGUACAUCGAAGGAGAAGCAUCCUGCUACUCAGGAACCUGCGCCUAAGCCAUCUCAGCUUAAGACUAGGUCUGUUCCCACUCGUCCUCAGAGAGGCCAUGACAUAAUUCUGAAUAAUGAAACCAUCAGUGAUUCUCUGAAAUACACUGAUGUUGGUGCAUGUGCCUAUACAUCUGAUAACAGAAAAAAGGGACCCACUCGUUCUGAAAGGGUGGUUCUUGAUGAUGAUGAUGAUGACUAUGAACCAGAAGACACUACUCCUCCUUCUACCACGAGUACUUCAGCCUCCAUUGGAUACAAAUCUGUCCUAUAUGGAGUGGUUAAGGAUGUGGUGCAAGAGUUUAUCUCUCAGUCAAACCAUCUUAUUGCUAUGAGUAAGGAGCAAAGGAAACUAGCCACCAAGCAUGAGAACUUCCUCAGAAAAUUCAGAGAUAGAGUGGUAGUUUUCUUGAAAUUUAUUGAUAAUCUCCAAGAGGAUGACAAUGCUACCACUGAUCCUGAAGAAGAAGCUGGUUCUGAAGAGGAUAGUUCCGAUGUCUGA